AUAUUUUGGAGAUCUCGUCGGAGAGCACAACGCCAAUCUAAUUUAAUAUAUAAAGCACAGAGCCCCCCUUUUGUUUAACUAUUUAGUUUUUAUCCAAACCCAAAACGUCCCAGGUCACUCAUAUCUAAAAACAAAACUCUGUUAUGGCUUCCACAUUCGCUAUGCAAAUGCUGCACAACCCUGCCCUCAUUUUACAGGGUAUUUAUAAACAAGAUGUAUCAAAUGUGAGAAUGCCACAUAUGAUGUGCACCAUUUCAAAUUCACAGUCAUGCUACUCCUCAGCUACUUUGAGUUCGUCAGGAAGGGAAUUGACAUCAAGAUUGCUCUAUGCUUCAAGCUUUCCUGUAGUGCACCUUUCUAGAGCUCCUUCAGUUAACUGCCGGAGAAUGAUGUGUGUCAAUGCAAUGGCAAAAGAUCUAGAGCUGCAAGCGAAAGUGACAACCAAGUGCUUCUUUGAUGUAGACAUUGGAGGUGAACCUGCUGGUAGAAUUGUAAUGGGCCUUUUUGGAGAUGUUGUUCCAAAAACUGUUGAGAACUUUCGUGCUUUGUGCACAGGGGAAAAAGGAUACGGUUACAAAGGAUGUUCCUUCCACCGAAUUAUCAAAAAUUUCAUGAUUCAGGGAGGAGACUUCACCAAAGGAGAUGGAACUGGUGGAAUGAGUAUCUAUGGUUCCACUUUUGAAGAUGAAAGCUUUGCCUUGAAGCAUAUUGGAUCAGGAGUGUUGAGUAUGGCGAAUGCAGGUCCUAAUACUAAUGGGAGCCAAUUUUUCAUAUGCACUGUGAAGACACCAUGGUUGGACAACCGGCAUGUUGUUUUUGGAGAAGUUAUUGAUGGAAUGGAUGUUGUUCGCAAACUUGAAUUACAAGAGACAAGCAGGUCAGAUUACCCUCAGAAGCCAUGCAGAAUUGUCAACUGUGGCGAGCUACCUAUAGAUGGUUGAUCUGCCUGCGUUACCAGCCUACAUCCCAUGAAUAAAAUUUGUACUGUUAAGACUCAAAAUCAUUAACACUUUUUUCUUUCGUUGGGCAUGGAUUUGUAUCGCAUUAUGCAUCUUAAGCAUGGCCCAAUUUUGUUAAAGGUAUCUCUAUCUCCUACAAUACUUUUGUGGCAUAUGGUACAUGUGGAUGUAUUAUCAUGAGACAAAUUCUGAUUGCUUUACAUCUCGAAUUAACAGAAACUAUAACACAGCAAUUUCAAGCC